AUUUUGCGCAACCGAGAGAUUAUUGGUCGCGACUUCCUUAAAAUGAACAAAGAAGAUUUUAGAGAUUGCGGGCUAGAAAUGGGGCCAGCGAUAAGGCUUGCAGACCUCGCUCAGGAGCUCAACGAUCAAAAUGAAGACUCAAGUAAAACAUCUACAGUAGGAACUCCUCCAAUCGUUGCCGAAUUGGAUAUGAAACUCCUUAGCGAUAAUCUUAAUAAGAUCAUUCGUGGCGAAUUUCAAAAUAUUAAGGGGGAUAUAGAAAAGAUUAGAUGUCGGAUGGAAAAGAUUGACGACGCAGUAAAAAGCCUUGAACAAAGAAAUAAUAUUGAAGGAAGUGAACUUA